CCACUCUGCUAGCUCUUCCUGCAUCUUGUUAAUUAGCAGCUAAUCUCACCCUCAAGCAAGAGGCUUAGACGAAGAUCGCCAUGGCUGCUCGUGCAUCAGCAGCAGCUGCAAGAUGCAUCGCUCUCCUCCUGAUACUGCUCGCCGGCACCUCGUCGGCGCAGCUCUCCAGCAGCUUCUACUCCAGCUCCUGCCCCGGCUUGUACAGCGCCGUCAAGUCGGUGGUGCAGUCCGCCAUCGCCAGGGAGAAGCGCAUGGCCGCCUCCAUCGUGCGCCUCUUCUUCCACGACUGCUUCGUCCAAGGCUGCGACGCGUCGUUGCUACUGGACGACACGGCCAGCUUCCAAGGCGAGAAGAUGGCCAAGCCCAACAACGGCUCCGUGAGAGGCUUCGAGGUGAUCGACGCCAUCAAGUCCGCCGUCGAGAAGGCCUGCCCUGGCGUCGUCUCCUGCGCCGACAUCCUCGCCAUCGCCGCCAGGGACAGCGUCGUAAUCCUUGGGGGGCCGACCUGGAACGUCAAGCUUGGGAGGAGGGACUCGACGACGGCGAGCUUCAGCGGCGCCAACAACAACAUCCCGCCGCCGUCGUCGGGCCUGGCCAACCUCACCUCCCUCUUCGCCGCGCAGGGCCUCUCCCAGAAGGACAUGGUCGCGCUCUCCGGAGCUCACACCAUUGGCCUAGCACGUUGUACCAACUUUAGGGCCCACGUCUACAACGACACCAACAUCGAUGGUGCCUUCGCAACAACAAGGCAAUCAGCUUGUCCUCGAACCUCAGGAUCAGGCGACAGCAAUUUGGCGCCCUUGGACUUUGAAACCCCAACCGUAUUUGAGAACAACUACUACAAGAAUCUUGUUUGCAAGAAGGGGCUUCUGCACUCUGACCAGGAGCUCUUCAACGGCGGAUCCACCGAUGCUCAAGUCCAAUCAUACGUUAGUAGCCAGAGCACAUUUUUCGCCGACUUUGUGACCGGCAUGAUCAAGAUGGGUGACAUCACGCCAUUGACGGGCUCCAAUGGGGAGAUAAGGAUGAACUGCAGAAGGAUCAACUAGUGAAGAUGGGAUGUGCAUUAGCUUUGAGGUGGCUUUUUAUUUCUUCAGUCACAUUCAACUACUUUGUGCCGUUUCUAAAUUUUCGUACAACAAUUGUUAAAUCAUCAUGUUGUGUCAAUGUGUUCACAUGUUGGUUCAUUUAAAUAAGAAUGCAUGUAUCAAUUGUUUCCUA